AUGAACUACUCCGUACCCUCUGCCAAAGACGAGAAAGCCAUCCCUGUGUACGUGGCUAUGCACCACACCGGCUCUCUCACCCACGCCCUACAGGCUCCAGCUCGAGACUGGGCCGUCUCCAGCUCUAUCCACAUAACUCCCUCCCCCCACACCGCCUCCCUCAAAGCCCGCGCCUUCCUCGCCCAGCGCUGCUCUGUCUUACUAGCCGACCCCGUCCGCGACAUCCGCCCCCUCACGCUACGAUCCAACCCGCAAGACCAAUCUGACGCUAUGUCCCGCUACCUCCGACAAAUCGGCUUCAACGACGAUUCAUCGGGUGAGUGA